UGCCCUCCUCUUCUUGCCCACCUUCCUCCGAGAUGGUCCUGCUUACCAUGAUAAGCCGGGUUCAAGAUGGACUGCUCUUAGCAGCCUCCAUGCAAGAAACGGAACAGUCAAACCGGAACUUCCAAGAAUAUCACAAUCAAGCCAAACAGCUUUUCCGGAAGCUCGGGGACCAUUCGCCAAACCGGUGCUCCUUGGAAGCAGGAGCCAUGACUUUCCAUUGUUUAGACAUUUAUAUCCAGAAGCUGAAGAAAUCCUACCUGGAUACUUGGUCAAAGCGUCACCUGAGCAGCAUCAACCUGGAGCUACAGGACGUUCAGAAGAUCAUGGUCACCAAUAUUGAAGAGGUGCUCCAGCGAGGGGAGGCCCUGUCAGCUUUGGAUACAAAGGCCAGCAACUUGUCCACACUCUCUAAGAAAUACCGCCAGGAUGCCAAAUUCCUCAACAGCCGCUCGGCUUACGCCAAAGCCGCAGCCACCAGCCUGAUCUUCGUGGUACUUAUGCUCUACCUACGGUUUUGGUGGCUGGUGUGAGACUCCUGUGAGGUACCAGUUCCUUUCGUGUCUGGUGCAAGAUGGUACUGUUUUGCUGUUCAUGCAUUUCCCCCCUCGAAAAUGGCUUUGAAACCAGUGUGGCCACCUCUGAGAGAAAAAAACGUGAAUUGCAGAA